UUUUUAUCGUUUCUGAGAAGACUAAAACCACUAGCAAACACUUCUUUUAUGCAUCGAAAUAUGUGAAUAUUUUGGGUCACCUGAACCAAGAAAAUUACUAGUUGUUGGAGGAGGGAAAGCCCUUCACCCAUGGAUAUGCAGUCUCUUUGUAGACUAAUCUUGCUACCAGCUCUGUUUUCAGUUGUCUUUCAUCCAUGUUCUGUCACUGCCGGUGAUAUUGUACACGACGACAAUUUGGCUCCCAAGAAGCCCGGUUGCGAGAACGAUUUCGUUCUGGUCAAAGUUCAAACUUGGUUUAAUGGCAUAGAGGAUGCUGAGUUUGUGGGUGUAGGUGCCAGAUUUGGCACUACUAUAGUGUCAAAGGAGAAAAACGCAGACCAGAGACGCCUUGUUCUUUCUGACCCUCGUGAUUGUUGUAGCCCUCCAAAGAAUAAGCUUGCUAAUGAUGUUAUUAUGGUGGAUCGAGGCCACUGCAAAUUCACAACCAAGGCAAAUAAUGCACAGGCAGCUCAUGCUUCAGCUGUCCUUGUUAUAAAUAAUCAAAAAGAACUCUACAAGAUGGUUUGUGAGCCUGAUGAAACUGAUCUAGAUAUACAUAUACCUACUGUCAUGCUCCCACAAGAUGCUGGUGCAAGCUUGGAGAAAAUGCUGACAAGUAACUUAACAGUGUUUGUACAGCUUUACUCUCCAAAGAGACCACUAGUAGACGUAGCCGAAAUCUUUCUAUGGUUGAUGGCUGUUAGUACCAUCUUGUGUGCGUCAUAUUGGUCUGCAUGGAGUGCAAGAGAAACUGCUAUUGAACGGGAAAAACUAUUAAAGGAUGCUUUGGAUGAGAUUCCAGAUUCCAGACAUGUAGGCUCCGGUGGUAUUGUGGAAAUUAGCACCACGUCAGCAAUUUUAUUUGUUGUUAUUGCUUCUUGCUUAUUGGUUAUGCUUUACAAACUUAUGUCUUACUUGUUUGUGGAGCUCUUGGUGGUUCUAUUCUGCAUAGGUGGUGUGGAGGGCCUUCAAGCUUGCUUGGUUGCUUUAUUGUCAAGGUGGUUCAAGUGUGCUGGAGAAUCAUACAUUAAAGUGCCUUUCUUUGGAGCUGUCUCAUACCUUACAUUGGCUGUUUCACCUAUCUGCAUAACACUUGCUGUUGUUUGGGCUGUUUACCGCAAUGUUUCCUUUGCUUGGAUAGGUCAAGAUAUACUAGGUAUUGCGCUAAUAAUCACAGUUCUGCAAAUUGUCCACGUUCCUAAUCUCAAGGUGGGAACAAUUCUACUCAGUUGUGCCUUCUUAUAUGACAUAUUUUGGGUGUUUCUUUCAAAGGAGUUGUUCCAUGAAAGUGUGAUGAUUGUGGUAGCUCGUGGUGAUAAAAGCGGAGAAGAUGGCAUUCCAAUGCUACUGAAGAUCCCACGCAUGUUCGAUCCAUGGGGUGGUUAUAGCAUAAUAGGAUUUGGUGAUAUCCUUUUACCUGGAUUGCUGAUAGCAUUUUCACUCAGGUUUGAAUUUUGCUUUGCAGUCUUCACUUGCAAAAUAUUUCAUUCCUGUUAAUGUUUGUUCAUCCAA